GCCAUCGUUGUCAGUAAAGUCUGUAUUUGGAAACGAGGCUACAGCAACAGUGCCAUCAAAUCAGUUCUUGAGCGCGGUCAACACAGGCCUAAGUUUAUUUUUUAUAAACGUACAAGUUGGAAAUUCGUCGUAAAAUAAGUUAAUAUGUCUCGUUAUUGCUCUGUUUUCAAAAGCUUUAUUGGAAAACUUGGAAAGCCAAGAAGAUUUUCGCUUCAGUCUGCGAGAUGUUCCGACGAUAUUUUGUCACAAGAAACAAAACUUGAAAUAGACAACCAGUUGAAGCUUUUAGCUACACUCAAGAAAAGAAAAGACAUUCUAGACAAAAAGAAGAGCAUAAUCAACAUCUCCAGAGCUGAUCCAUUAAUGGAAAAGGCUGCAAGAAAGCGGCAGUUAAGAAUUCCCCUGGACAAAGUUAAAGAAGAAUGGUCAAAAACUAGAGGCUUGAAAGAAGUAGCUUUUCUUGCAAAAUAUUACGGAAUUUUUAGAGACUUGUUCGAUGGCAAGGAAUAUCAGCCCAAUAUCUGGCUAGAUAUAGAAUACCAAAAUGUUUUUGCAUAUCGUGGUAAUAUUAUUGCUCCAUCCGAGUGUAUAAAGAGGCCACAAGUGACGUUUGAGGCAUCAGGUGAAAAUCUUCAUAGCCUUUUGCUUGUGAAUCCUGAAGGCUGUCACCCCUGUGCAAAUGCAGAGGUUCUGCAUUGGAUGAUCCUCAAUAUUUCCGGAAAUCAAAUCGCAAAAGGAGAUGAAUUGGAAUACUUGCCUCCUUUACCGUGGAAAGGAAGUGGAUUCCAUCGUUUUUGCUUUGUUUUACUGUCGCAAACUGAUGCCAUCGAUAAGAAAGAGCUGGAAACAUCUAAGGAAAAAAGAUUUGAGUUUAGGACCAGAGACUUCAUGAAGAAAUUCGAAAGUACAUUAACUCCUGUUGGUUUUGGUUGGUUCCAAUCAGAAUAUGAUGCAUCUGUUUCUGAGACAGCUGCAAAACUAGGCAUUUUUGAGCCUGUAUUCGAGUGGGAGAAGUUCAUCAGUCCAAAGGAUUAUCAGUUGGAAAAUAGAAGAAAAAUCCGCAGCAACAGGUACCGCAUCAAACUAACAGAUGACGACAUAUUAUUGUAACAUGAAUAGCAAUCCCUUUUCUGUUUGUCAAUUAUUUUACAUCAUACAAGUGUAAUCAAUGACCGAUAGAAUUGCAAAGCUUCCUUUGUGAUUUGAUAUUUUCUGAAUUAUAUUAAGGUAAUUUCAGAAAAAUAAGAUUAAACUGUUUGUGGUCAUGGCUGCAAGUUUUUUAAGCAAAAGAAUACGUCAUGAGUUUUUGUAACUAGUUGAUUUUUAGGAGAAAAAUGUUUUCACUAUUUGAUAUCAUCAGAAACAUUUCGAGAAGACCUUUUAGUGUUCCUCAAGCUCUCCUUAUAGUAUAUAUGUAUGACUAACUUUAGCUCGAAUAUUUUUUUUGGUUAAAUGAGGACCAAGCUCUUUGUAAAUUAUCAGAAUUUGCUUAUGAAAAGAAUUAACUGAUCAAAAUUCAUUUCUUUGAGAAAUAAAGUUACUAUCGAACAUCAUCUUUUGGUUUUCAAAGGCCAAUAUUAUAGCCUUGCCAAAAUUACAAAUUUUAUCCAAAUAUUUUUCGUAUAAGUAGGGACCAACUGCUUUGUAAAUUAUCAAUAUUUUUUAUAGAAAGAAUUAAUUGAUAAAAUAUUGAUUUGUUAAAGAAAUAAACUUGCUAUUCAACAUCAUCAAUUGUUUUUCAAAAGCCAACAACAA